CCCCAAAGAGAUCAAAUUACAAGAGCACCAGAGCAAAAAAAAGAGCGACACACACAACACACAGAGCGACAGGAAAAAAAAAAAAAAAACGGAGUUUCAAACAUAAUUUCAAUGUCCUACCUACACCUGCGAAAUACACACACACAUUGGGCAACGCCUCAUUUGUUGUAUGGUUGUUCCCUUUAUUCUUAUUAAUAUAUCUCUCCUUUCUCUCUCUAUCUGAUGAAUCCUGGUUACAGUGAAAGUACUAGUCAUAAGCGACAAAAGACGAACGAACAGCCAGCAACUGCGAUGGAUGCCAACGAUUUUCUUAACUUUGAUUAUGAAUUCCCCAUGGUGAAUGGGCAAGGGGAGACAACCACAGCGGCAGGAACAGGGACAAGAAUUCCCGAAGAUUUUUUCAUGUUUGUGACGGAUAACAGCCCGAAUGCGACUAUCGUGAAUACACCUUCACCCAAGGCCAUCAAAAAGAUGGAGCCGCCGAACCAAGCAGUGUAUACGAUUGUGGUAGGUGGUAAACCCUUUCGACUGAGUUGGGAAUCGCUCAAGAGUGAUGGACCAACCAAUUUUUUCCUCGAGUAUUUUCGAAAAAAGAAGACGAGUAAAGUCAUGCAUAUUGAUCGAGAUACAGAUGUAUUUGAGCUGAUUGUACGUCAUCUCCGUGGUUACUACAUACGCCCCAUUGACGACAUUCAGAAUCAGUCUCUCUUGUAUGAUGCAAACUAUUUUGGCUUAAAUCGUCUUAAGAAAAUGUUGCAAGAGUAUCUGUUUCUUAAUGUUGGUGGUAGAGUCUUUCGUCUGCCAUGGACACUAUUCCAAAAAGAUGGGACCCAUAACUUUUUUACGGGACCCUUAAUGCACUCGUUGCUAUCGCCUCAUACAGAGGAUGGCAACUCUCCACCCAUCUACAUUGACAGAGAUCCUGACAUCUUUGCAGACAUUGUAAAUCAUCUCCGCGGUUACACAAUUCAUAUUAGAGAUGAAAUGCACAGAAAGAAUCUGUUGAAGGAUGCACAGUACUACGUAUUUAGGCAAUUAAGUGAUAAAUUAUUAACGGCACAACAGACGGUAGCUGGAUUUGGAGAUGGAAGCAAUCCCGAGGUAUUAUUGCUAUUACAAGAUAUCCGACUCGUCAACAUGAUUCGUCCAGACAUGAGUGAUAAUCCAUCGUCUUCUUCCGCAAAUGGUUGGACUGCUACACAGGUCCAAUAUAAGCGCAUUGUGGAGGGAACACCACAUGCUUUAUUAGUCCAAGUGUCUGAUUUAUGCAUCCAAAUACACAAAUCGGAGACUAUCACUAAGCUUAGUUAUGAAAUGAACCCUUCUGACUUGAAAAAGAUGGUGAGUAUGGCCAAAGCCAUCAAGGCAACAGGAGGGAUGAAUAUGGAGCUAUUUUUGGACACCUAUUGCGCAAUCACAAUUGACGAUAAUCAAGUCAAAUCAAUUGGGUACUGUCUGGAGAAUGACAUCAUCGAGACUCAGUGGGAAGCAUGUACUAAAUGUAAACAGGAUUGUCAAAUGUCGAAAUUAAUAUUGCAGCGAGCUAUUUGUGGAGUUCAUUUAAUGGAUAACAUGAUGACUUUGUGUGCAUUAAGAUUAGAGGCUAUUAGCUCAAGAUUUAGACUUAAUUUAAAGAGGCAGUUUCUCUCUGGGUAGCUAAAUAAACUUUGAUUGGUGAAUCCCAUUUUAUUCACACACACACACACACAACACAACACACACACACACACACACCCAUUUUUUUUUUUUUUUUUUUUUUUUUUACAUACACACACACACACACUACUACACUUUUUUACACACACUACAGACAUUAUGUAUAAAUAUCCCUGCCAAUUUUAUUUAAUUUUUAAUUUCUUUUUUUUACUUUU